AUGGACGUUUACCACGAUGGCAGAUUAGUAUUCGGGUUCGAAGUGACCUAUGUAAACGAGUCAGAUUAGUCAAAGAUAUUCCAAGUUGGCCAUCAUAUAGGAAAUCACCUUACUGGUGAUGUUCAGUGCAGUACAUUCGACUUCAAUGAGGGCGAGUAUAUUAGUCAAUUCAACACAAUGGCUGGUGACUUGGUGGAUAAAGUCAAGUUCUUUACUAACUAGGGUAGAUAGUUUGAGGCUGGUGGAAAUGGUGGAGCUCUCAAUAUGGCUCAGAUGAGUGCUGUAAGUAAUCCAAGAGUUGUUGCUGUAGGAGGUGGACUAGGAGGGCACAUGCAUCACUUCAGAGUUUACUAUGUCUAAAAUCAAUGA